AUGGACGAGUCAGCGCUGGAGCGGUACUUUGAUAAAUUCAUUGAUUAUGACUCCUCAAAGAUGGAGACGGAGGAGUUGAGCGGAGAUCUUAGCUCACUGCCUGAUGAGCUCCUGACACUCUUUAAGGACGACACUGAGAGCAGAACAGAGUCCUGUGACAGCAGCACCAGUCUGGACUACAGCUCCCAGAAUCCCACAGCAGCGGCUGAGCUCCCAGAUGUCUUGUCCCCGGCGGUUCGUCCCGUGACCCCGGUGACCCCUGAGACACAUCAACCAGUAUUCCACCCCCAGAUAAAGAACGUCAUCUCCACGGUGAAGCUGGGCUGCUAUCUGGACCUGCUCUUUAUAGCUCGCAGAACCUGGAACGUAGAGUACAAACCAGAGGUACCUGUUGUGUUCCAGGUUUUCAAGGCGCUCAUCAUGAGGAUCCGUCGGCCGCCAACCACAGCGCUGUUCUACAGAUCUGGGUUCAUCGUGUGUUCAGGAGCCAAGAGUGAGGAGCAGUCGCGGCUGUCGGCCAGGAAGUACUGCCGCAUCGUUCAAAAUCUGGGCUUCCCCGUCCGCUUCCUGGACUUCAAGAUCCGGAACAUCGUGGCCAACUGCAAGACCUUCCCGGUCAGACUGGAACAGCUGGCUUACCAUCAGCCCUGCAGUUAUGAACCGGAGCUGUUUCCUGGACUCUUCUACAACAGUUUUCCUGGUAUCUCCAUCACCAUCUUCUCAUCUGGAAAAAUGUUUCUGAGCGGAGCUAAAAAGGAGGAUGAGGUCUACGAAAUGCUUCACACCGUCUGUAGAAUCCUGAAGGGCUUCAGGAGGCUGUGA